AACUUUGCACGGCUGCUGCUCGACUCUAAUGCCGAUAUCCAUUUCGUCAACAACAAGACAGGGAAUACGCCCCUUACCAACACUUGUCCAAUUGGCUGUAAGCCACUCGUAUCAUUCCUCAUAGACCGUGGCGCGGACGUCAACAUGUCGACGGCAAACGGGAGGACGGCACUACAAACCGCCGCAGCCUGUAAUCAUCCAGAGAUACUUCCAUUUCUCGUCAAAAAAGGCGCCGAUAUCGAGCAGAAAAACUCCGGAGGUAGUACAGCAAUCGCCUUGGCUGCCCCAUUU